UGCAUUUUGUCCAAACUUUUACAUUUUUCUAACGUCUACACUUUCUAGAUUUCAUCCUUCACGAUGAUUUUGGACUUCGUCCGGGACCACCCGAUCCUCUGUUUGCUCGCUGCCGGCUGCACUGCCUCGCUGGGGUACUUCUGGAUGACCAGAGAGCGCCCGCCUGCACCUGCACCACCACCACCAUCACCCGCCCCAACACCAAGCCCCUCCGUCAGCUCCUCGUCCAGCGACAGCCAAAUCUUCUACCCUGCGAACGAGGAGCUGGACGACGUUUGGCCAGAGGUGCAGGUGCAGGGCCCCAGCGGGGACCAUUAAGACACACAAGCUACAGAGACACAAGCACCCACGACCAUCUAGGGUAACAGUGCAGCCGGACAGUAAGGAGGAGUGAACAAACAGGCUAAGAAAGAACCAAAGCUCGCAAAGAAGAAAAGAAGGGCCAUGCCCAAAAGGCGCAGAACACGCGCAAAGAAGAAAAGGAAGGGGUCAUGCCCAAAAGGCGCAGAACACGCGCAAAGAAGAAAAGAAAGGGGCCAUGCCAAAAAGGCGCAGAACACGCGCAAAGAAGAAAAGAAAGGGGUAGAAAAACCCGGGCCGAAACACACAAAGAAAGAAUAAAUCGCAUCCCAAGAAGGAUGAGCAAAGAAGUUAAAAGACAAGAAAGGGGCAGCAACAAAAUCUUCGGACGUAACACACAAAGAAAUAAGACUAAAUUUCAGGCGAAAGUAUCGUUCUCAAAAGUCAUAGAAGGAUGAGCAAAGAAGUUAAAAGCAAAGAACGGGGC